AUGUCAAAAUCUGAAAUAGUUUCUAGUAGCAAGCCCAAAAAGAAUUCAGAAGCUAACAAAAGGAAAGCUGUCCCAUCAAGUGUGGCUGAAAACAGUCCCAAGAAUAAGGAAGAGUCACAAAAUAUCGAUGAAGAUAAUCUAUGUUUAAUCUGUGCCAAUAAAAAAUAUUACAGGGCAAUUACUCCCUGCCAUCAUGAGACCUGUCAUAAAUGUGCAUUUCGCCAAAGAGCUUUGUACCAUAAGAACUUAUGUCUUGUUUGUAGAAGUGACAAUGAAAAGGUAAUUUUUUCAGCAGAAGGUCAGAAAGUGUACGAAGAUUUUAGUUCUAAGGAUUUUGCGGAAGAUAGCGAUACGUAUGGAAUUUUAUUUACAGAUGAAAAGGUCUAUAAUGACACGUUAGACUUAUUAAAAUAUAAAUGCAUGCAGUGUCAUGAAGUCUUUGCUAACUUUAAAAGUUUGAGCGAACAUGCCAAAAAGGAUCAUAACAAAUACUAUUGUCUAAUCUGCUCGAAAUUCAAGAAGGCAUUUGUGUCCGAGUUACCUAUGUAUUCGUACAAGCAAUUGCAAAAGCAUCUAUCGGAGGGUGACAAGACUGGAUUUGCAGGUCACCCUGAGUGCAAACAUUGCCGAGGUAAACGGUUUUAUUCUGAGGACGAGUUAAAUAUUCAUAUUCGAGAUAAGCAUGAAAGAUGUCAUAUUUGUGAUCAAGACAGUCCUAAAACUGCAGACUACUAUCAGAAUUAUGAGUCUCUUUAUAAUCAUUUUAAAACUUCUCAUUAUGUUUGCUCUGUUCCAUCAUGUGUGGAAAAGAAGUUUGUGGUAUUCAGGGAUGAUUUGGAUUUAACUGCCCACAUGAUAAAAGAGCAUGGAGGCAUAACUGGAGGGGGAAAAUUCGUGAUCGGUUCCUCCAAUAACAAUAUUCAGUCUCAGUUAUCAACGUUUCCUCAAAAAAUUAAAAGGGCCAGCUAUGGAGAUGAAGACUCCGACUCUUUAUCUACUAAGAGAUUAAGACUAGAAGAAAGAGCGAGGCACUAUUUGAAUUAUGAUAUUGAAGGUGUUUCUAAAUUUACUGAAGUGAAUAGUAGUUUCAGAUCGAAGAACUUAUCAGGAGAGGGCCUUCUAAAAUGUUAUCAAGAUAUAUUUAAGAAUCUGUCAACUUCAGACCUCAGCUUAUUGAUAUACGAUUUUGCUGAGUUAUUUCCAAAAAGUUCUGAACAAUAUAAUGAGCUAAAUGACUUACUAAACAAGUUGACAGCCAAUAAUGAAGACCAAUUCCCACUUUUAGGGGGUAAAUCUUACACAUCAGCAACUAAUCUACAUUCCUGGGGAAGCAAUUCUCUGUCGAGGAGCCUGUCUACCGACAAAUUUCCAGUUUUAUCUAGGCCUCAGCGUUCAGUGUCACCAUCGAUUAGCAAUAAAGCACCUAUCAAGAGCAACACGAUAAGAGGUAAAGCUUCCACACAAGGAUCGUCGCCGUAUCUUUCCUCCAUGCGCCUGCACAAUUAUCUUGAGGGUGCUUCAGGCUCUAAUUCUAGCAGUCAGUCCUCAAAAGACGCUACGAGAGAGAAAUCAUUAGAUUUACAGGAUUCGAAGUUUCCUCGCCUUGAAAAGGAACUGAAAAAGAAGAAAAUACCUACCGUUAAACAAUAUAAUAUCCCUAACCCUCAGCUGUGGGGUAAACAAGAGGAAGUACAAACUGAUGAAUUGAAUCGUUCUAAUGAUACCUCCGAUAAACGUAAAAUGAAAGUUAAAAGGAAGCAAAAAAGUGUUCUUUUUACGAACAGUAUAUAG